CAAACCGUGCGUCCGUGUGCGACUGCGACGAGAAGCUUCCAGAACCCACCAGCUAACUACGUCCGUCCUCCACCAAUCCCAUCUUCGGACGCCACGACAACUCCCCUCCCUCUUCCCCGUCCGUAUUUAUUUAUACACCCCCAGUCCCUACCCACUUGUUCCUUCUUGCUUCUCCAUCGAGUUGGAUUGGGUUCAAAGUUGGGCUUUUGGACAGCUGUGGUGUGCACGGCAGCUCUGUGACUUGUGAGGAGGAAGGGAGGAAGAAAGCGGAUCCAUGGCGUCGAAGCGGAUCCUCAAGGAGCUCAAGGACCUGCAGAAGGAUCCUCCCACCUCUUGCAGCGCAGGCCCUGUUGCCGAAGAUAUGUUCUACUGGCAGGCGACGAUUAUGGGGCCAUCAGAUAGCCCAUACGCUGGUGGCGUAUUUUUGGUCACUAUUCACUUUCCACCGGACUACCCAUUCAAACCACCGAAGGUUGCAUUCAAGACGAAGGUUUACCACCCGAAUAUCAACAGCAACGGGAGCAUCUGUCUUGAUAUCUUGAAGGAGCAAUGGAGCCCUGCACUGACAGUUUCUAAGGUCCUCCUCUCAAUUUGUUCCCUUCUGACGGACCCAAACCCUGACGAUCCGUUGGUCCCAGAGAUUGCUCACUUGUACAAGACUGAUCGCGUGAAGUACGAAUCUACUGCUAGGAGCUGGACUCAGAAAUAUGCAAUGGGCUGACAAGCUAUUGGUCUCUCAUAGACCCUUCUGUAACUGAAACCAGAUGUCUAAAUUAAUUUGUCCAUUCGUGCAUCGAACUUUUGAUAUAUAAUGGAAGGAGAAACAUUGAUAGU